UGCACGUGCCCUUGCUGUUUAUCCCGCUUAACGUGCUUGGUGCUGUCUACCCCUGCAGUGUACCUACCGAAUGCGCCCGGGCUGAAUACUCUGUUGCAUGUGUCCCUGCUGGGUGUUCAGCGUGGACGCGGCGCUGCGGUGUGCUCGCUGUGGAUGUGCCGGCUCUUGGGCGUGAGACGUCUGCAGGUGUGUCAGCUGGAGACGGGCGGAACCACGAGCGUGCUGACUUUGCCCCUGUAGCCUCUGCUCUCAGCGGGCGGGUCUGCAGAGCCCAGAUACCCGGAGAAUCCAGACUCAGCAGCUCCUUUCUCUCCCGGACGAGAACGUGCACCAGGCCAUGAGGAACACGAGCAAGGAGGUGCAGAGCACCUCUCACCGCUACGCUCCCUGCGACUGGUACUACCACCUACCUGUGAAGCGCUCUGAGAAGGCUGUGGGUGCCCCACCCCCAUCCCAGAUCCCAGGGCUCAGUGACUUGGGAGACACCCCAAAUGGAAACAUGCCCCGUGCUCGGAGAUACUGGAUAAAAGAAACAGACUCAGAGUAUGUGAAACUGGCCAAGCAAGGCGGCAGACCUGAUUUGCUGCAGCACUUUGCCCCUGGGACCAGAAAGGGCUCCCCAGUAGCCUACUCCCUGCCAGACUGGUAUAUCCACCACAGCAAGCCUCCGACAGCCCACCAGCGACAAGUCCCCGUGGUCUCCAUGCCAGAUUACAUGGUGUAUGAAGAAUUCAACCCUGGUCAGGCCAAUGGCAGCUAUGAGUCCAGACGAGGCCCCUUUGACUUUGACAUGAAAACCGUCUGGCAAAGAGAGGCCGAGGAACUUGAAGACGUGAAGAGAAAGGUGAAACUGCCAGCCAUUAAUUCCAAAAAUCCCAGCAAAGUGGGGACCCCAGUUAGCCACAAAGACCCUGAAGGGAGCAGGCUGUCAUUGCCUCCUAUGCCCGGUCACAAGAGCAGCUCUCCAACCAACUUUUCCAAACUCAUCAGCAACGGCUACAAGGAUGAGUGGUUAGAGCAGCAGAGAGGCGAGUCUGACAAGAGGACCCCGAAGACAUCCAGGGCAUCCUUGUCCACUCGGGCCACAAAGGACUCUGAAAGUACCGAGGACACAGAGACGCCCCAUGAUCCAGAGCCCCCUGAAGAUUCCGAGAAAACUCCAGAUGCAGAAGGAUCUCCUUCAGAAUCGACGCCAGCAGAGCUCAAAUAA